CUGCCUGACGCGCUGAGCCCGGCGCUGCGGGGCCGCGGAGCGCGGGGAGCAGCGGCCGCGCCGGGGAGGGGGGUGGGGCGGGACGGCACCGCCUCGGGUGCUAGCGCCAGGGUCGGCGGCCCGCGCUUUGCUUUCUGCUCAUCUGCUACCAUCUACCUAGUUUUUCUUUCUUUCUUUCUUUCUUUUUUUCUUGCAGUUUUGAACAUUUUGCAAGACUGUUUGGAGGCAGGUGAGAGCAUCCUGCCCAGGGCCGGAGGAGCCUGCAGCGCUGAGGGCUCUUUCCCGGGACUGUCAGCACUGAGAACCCGAAAGUUUUUUGGGUUUUGUUUUUUUUUGUUUGUUUUUUUUUAUUUUGCUAUUUGCAUGCUGAUAUAUUUACAAAGACAGAAGUAAAUAUUUUUUUUCUUCCUUUCUGCAACUGUUUUGAAAGCGAGUACUUUUUGGUUGGCAAAGGACGGAAGAAAAAGCUUAUCAACAUUUUUGGGCGGCGAUUGGCCUUCUUUUUAAAAGACAAUUGAGUGCAUCACGAUGGAGAAAAUGUCCCGACAGCUCCCCCUGAACCCCACCUUUAUCCCGCCUCCCUACGGCGUGCUCAGGUCCCUGCUGGAGAACCCGCUGAAGCUCCCCCUUCAUCCUGAAGACGCGUUUAGCAAAGAUAAAGACAAAGGAAAGAAGCUGGACGAUGAGAGCAACAGCCCCACGGUCCCCCAGUCGGCCUUCCUGGGACCCACCUUAUGGGACAAAACCCUUCCCUACGACGGAGAUACUUUCCAAUUGGAAUACAUGGACCUGGAGGAAUUCCUGUCGGAAAAUGGCAUCCCCCCCAGUCCAUCGCAGCAUGACCACAGCCCUCACCCUCCUGGGUUACAGCCGGCUUCCUCCACUGCUCCCUCGGUCAUGGACCUCAGCAGCCGGGCCUCUGCACCCCUCCACCCUGGCAUCCCAUCUCCGAACUGUAUGCAGAGUCCUAUCAGACCAGGCCAGCUGCUGCCAGCAAACCGGAAUACACCGAGUCCCAUUGACCCUGACGCCAUCCAGGUUCCUGUCGGGUAUGAACCAGACCCAGCAGAUCUUGCCCUCUCCAGCAUCCCAGGGCAGGAAAUGUUUGACCCUCGCAAACGCAAGUUCUCUGAGGAAGAACUGAAGCCACAGCCCAUGAUUAAGAAAGCUCGCAAAGUCUUCAUUCCAGAUGAUUUGAAGCAGGAUGACAAGUACUGGGCGAGGCGCAGAAAGAACAAUAUGGCGGCCAAGCGCUCCCGUGAUGCCCGGCGGCUGAAGGAGAAUCAGAUUGCAAUCCGGGCUUCGUUCCUGGAGAAGGAGAACUCGGCCCUCCGCCAGGAAGUGGCUGACUUAAGGAAGGAGCUGGGCAAAUGCAAGAACAUACUUGCCAAGUACGAGGCCAGGCACGGGCCCCUGUAGGAUGGCGUUUCUGUGGGCUGGCUUUUGAAUAGAUGGACAGCUUGUUUCCUGUCUGGUAGCACCACACCCAAACCAACCUUUCCGACAUCAGCACUUUACCAGAGGCAUAAACGCGACCGACUCAUGUUUCGGUGUGCAUCUGUGUGUAUGUGUGUAUGUGCGUGUACACGUGCUUACGGUCCCAUGUGUGCUCAGCGGUGUGCAUGUGUGUGCGUGCGUGUGUGUGUGUUCCUUCACACCUGCCAUUGGAAGAUAGUCCUCUUGUUGUCUUUUAGUUCCGAACAAGAAAGGUGCCAUGUUUUUAUUAGACUCUCGGGACCCCUGUGGGGUUUCCUCCCUUACCUUCUCCACUCCUGCCCCUUUCCUCCUGGCUUCAUGUUCCAGCGAACUUACUUUUCCAGGGUCUGCGUGGCUUCAGGAAGCAGGGCCCUGGUAAAGCAGUGGAUCUCAGUUACCUAGAACAUAAGCUCUUGUUUCUGUCCCAACCAUGAGUUACCAUGCUACAAAGGUGCACAACAUACCGUACUAGCACUACGCUGCAGCUGAAUCCCUUCAUAGGUUGCCUGCCCUCCCUCCCUCACCCCUCUUCCUCUCUCCCCCCAUUUCUCGUUUUCCUUUCAGUUUUGGUGAUGAUUGUCGUCAAAUUUAAAGUGCUGUUUAGAUUUAGUAGAUCCCGUAUUUACUUACUGCUACCUACUAAGUUUCCUUUUCAUCCUACCAACCCCAGAUAAGUAAGUACCAUUAUAGAACACGGAGUGUGUUUUUGCACUGUCUGUACCUAAAGCAAUAAUCCUAGUGUACGCUAGAGCAUGCUGCCUGAGUAUUACUAGUGGACGUAGGAAUUUCUCCCUACCUAGGAAUCUCACUGUCUUUUAAAAAUCAAAAUUAAAGUAAUGCAUUUGCGCAUGACCAGAAUAUUCUCAGGACAGGGAAGCAGAGGGCAAUGGGAGGCCUAAGAAUGAGGGGUUGAUUUAUCGGUAUGGAAGCCAAAAAAUAAUGCAUCUUGGAGAAGCCUUUGCCAUGGAUGUGCUUCGUUCUGCUGUCUCCCUUCUCCCACACCCAGCCCACUCCCACUUUUCUAGUUAACUUUGUUCCAUUUCCCUCUUGAUAUUCAAAACGAUUGAAUUACUUAAGAUUCAAUUCACCCACUUUCUUUUUGUAACAUAUAUUUUUGGGGAGGAUAUUUUUCUGUUUUUAGAAAUCAGUUAAUUAGGUUAAAAAGUUGGUGUUUUGUAAAGCCCCUCUUCCCUCUGUGGUGUCCUCUUUGAAUGCCUCACAAAUUAACGAUCCUGGAGCCUGUGUUUCUUACCCUCUGUUUGCUUUUGAACAUAUGUGCGCCUACCAAGUGGACUUCUGAAAAAUGAAUGUAAAAGACACUGGUGUAUCUCAGAAGGGGAUGGUGUUGUUAUAAACUGUGGUUUAGCCAAUCGAUUUAAAUGUUUACUAUAGACCAAAAGGAGAGAUUAUUAAAUUGUUUAAUGUUUAUACAGAGUAAUUAUAGGAAGUUCUUUUUUUGUACAGUAUUUUUCAGAUAUAAAUACUGACAAUGUAUUUUGGAAGACAUAUAUUAUAUAUAGAAAAGAGAAAAAGGAAAACUAUUCCAUGUUUUAAAAUUAUAUAGCAAAGAUAUAUAUUCACCAAUGCUGUUCAGAGGAGUGCUUGGGGGUUUUUGAAGUCUUUAAUAUUUUAAACCUAUUACUGACACAUCAGCAUGUUUUCUGCUUAAAAUUAAAAUUUUAUGACAAUAUUGAGGUUUGCUGUGACGAAUCCUACUCCAACGCUUUCUUGUUUCUUAUUAGGUCUCAGAAGGAAGUCAGUUAACGUCACCCAAAAGCACAAAAUGGGUUUUAGUCAAAUAUUUAUUGGAUGAUACAGUGUUUUUUAGGAAACGCAUCUGCCACAUAAAUGUUCACUGAAAAAUUCUGAGUUGCUGGAUUGGAGUCUUGUUGCCAGAGCCCCAAAUGGUUUUGCUCUCUUUUGGCCUGUGUAUCUCAUGCAGUGUAAGGUUGACCUCGGUGCUAUGUGUAUGGCUUAUAAUUUGAUAGAUGUUUUGAUGAUAAAGAUGGUUGGACUUUUGUUUCACUGAGUUGUAUGUCAAGAGAGUCUGCUGUUUCUUCAAAGGCACAUUCUAUGCUUGAUUAAAAUCCCCUUUUAUCCAUGGAUGUUUUCCAGUUUUCUGCCUCCUCAGUAUCAGAGUAUCUGCAGUUCUCAUGGUACCCUUCCCAUUCCAUCAACCACACUUCUGGCUAGUGUUAGAGUUCUGGAAGAUGAGACCUUUAGGAUUUCUUCCCAGGUACCUGUUUUGUUUCAAGCCAUAGAUAAUGGCGGGAGAUGAGAGAGUAUAAAACUUGCAAUACAUUUUCCUAGUAGAUUACUAAUUAAAAAAUACUUUGACAAUCUCAUGUGGAACUGAAUCAGAGAUCAUCCGGUAAUAGCCCUGAGGUGACAGAGAGUUGGUCUUUCUGAAGAUAAAGAGGCGAAUUGUAGAACUGUUCAAUGACAGUAUUCAUCAGAGCAAAGACGAAUCUAUCUAGACUUAAGUCGAAGAGUGUUGAAGUGUUGUAUUCUGGACCAUCCAGAUUCAUGGAACUAUUAAGUAGUAACUGACAGAAAAGCAUACUGGUCUUUCUUGGAAUUGUUUGCACCAAAUGAGCAUUACAAAUGUUUUCUGCAUAAGACAUAAAAAGACCAUAAUAAAACUUACUCUUUUGUAUGCCAGGAAAGGUUUUAGAAACCUACCUCAUUAAAAACAAUAUAAAAGAACACUUUGGAGUCUCCACAGGUGCCUUAUAUGUAGGUCAUUGUCACCCCUCCUUUCCCCGGCUGACUUCUGUCAGUCCAUGGACAUUAAAUAGAUGAGGCAAUGCUGCUGAAUGUCCUGAGAAGCUAGGACCCAGGGUCAGAUGAUGACAGAAGGUCAUGGCCAUUAGGAAAGUCCUGUUUUCAACUGUCACCAUUUCAACCCAGGCAUCUUUCAAUGAUUGUUUGGCCAUUAAAAAUGCAUUCAAGCUGUAGCAUGCCGUGUCAGGUAGGCAUGAUUUGGAAUGAAUCAUAUAGCACUUCCUUAUCAGGUCACAUCGUGUCCCUUUUCAACUAUUUUUAAAGAAAGUAAAAAACAAAAACAAACAAAUAGUGGAUCAGCGAGUCUCUCUGCUCAUGCUGCCUUGAGGGGAUGGGAAGGCUACAAAUGAUGAUCUCUGACUCUAGAGGAAGUGGCUCUUUGAGCCAUUCACAAACCACAUCAGGCAUGGCUGGCCUAGGCUUUGUCAUUAAAUAUCACACACAGGCCCUUAAGGGACCAUCCCACGAAGCAGAAGGACCCUGUGUCUGAGAAUGUCGUGAUGGGAUUCAGUCACCAGGUGAGUGGGAAACUAGAGAACCCAGAGGGUCCUUCUAGCCCAUUAGUGUGGUGUAGAAACUUACAUUAAUUCUAAAUAUGCCCUUGAAAGGGCCACAGCCUUGUUUUUGGAAGAUCUUAAGGGAGGGGGUGAGUUGUUGAUAUCAACUGCUCUCCUGCCCCAAAGUGAAGCAACUGACAUUGUGCAAGGUAGACUUUGAUGUUUCUAAGGGUUCAUCUAUUUUUAUCCUUGUUGUUCCUUUGAGGGAAAACUCGAACUUUGUCAGAGUUAAAUAUGAGGUCCCCAGGCAGGGGCCAACUGGAUUGUAUGUGGCCUGUCUCCAUAGGCCAGUAUUUGACUUUGAGGUUGGUCCCCAGCGGGCUGAGAUGCCAUGCCCAUUCUGUGGCAGAUGCCUUCUGCUCUGGCUCUGACGUUGCUCGUUUCCUACUGAGAGCUCCUGAGUACAUCCCUCUGGUGAAGCCAAAUUCAACUCCAGGAGUUUGGUUAAAUCAGUGUCCUUCACAAAUGAACAAAACUUUGGUCCUGAUGGAUUGAAGUUUUAGUACCUACAGCCAAUGGAGUUUGCCAAAAUGUACGCAAGGCAAUGUGUGUUUGUGUAUGGAUACCUCAGUGGAGACGUAAAAUCUGUAAAUUUUUACCACCUCACCAGACAUAACAAUUAGCUAUUAUCCUUUUGGCAACACCACAAAGAUUGCAUCUGUUAAACAGGUUCAAGUUAGCUGGAGGUUAGUGCAAUUGUACACCAUGAUGUUGGUGGUAUUUAUGCUGUCAAGUCCAAAACUUUAUUUGUUCUUCUAAAUGUUUAAUAAACUGACUUUUUUCCUUUU